CUUGGUGACGUGAUGGGGAGCGGAGUUGCUCCGGAGUGGGAGCGGGGCAGAGUAGCAGAGGGAGUGGGAGGAGAGGAGCUUUUCUCCGCGGAGGAGUAUGGAGCCGAGUCCGGAGUCUCUGUGAAAGACGGAUUUUCGGGCUUUCUGAUGGGAGCUGGCGUAACUCCUAGCAGAAAGUGAAGUAAAAGUGUCCUCCGAAAGGAGGAAUGCCUGCUCCUGAACAAAGCCCAGGGUCGGAGGAGGGACUGCUGCUGCCAAUCAAGGAUUUAUUAGCCAAUCAUAACAUGGAGUCUGAGAGCACUGCCAACACAAUCCUGGCUUCUGUUAAAGAGCAGGAGCUCCAGUUUGAGAGGCUGACCAGGGAGCUGGAGGUGGAGCGACAGAUUGUGGCCAAUCAGCUGGAACGAUGCAGACUAGGGGCGGAGUCACCAGAGGUUGCAAGUUGCAGUUCCUCUGAGAAGGAUCUUCCCUGGAGACCUACAGAUGUGUCGACCUCCACCAAUGCCAAAUCUGUCAGGGAGCAGCUGUCCCUGUACUCACCGGAGCGGAGCCCUCUGCACGAAAGUGAGGGGUCUGUAGGGAACUCGCGCAGUUCCACUCAGAUGAACUCUUAUUCUGACAGUGGCUACCAGGAUGCCGGCAGCUACUACAUCAGAACAGAGGGGCGGCCGCAGCAUUCGUACCCAAGUACCGGUCCUGUUACCAGCGGAACGCUCAAGAGGAACUCCAGGGCAGAGGGCCAGGCUGUUACCCAGAUGACGGCCACAGUCGGCGGGGCGAUCCCAGGCCGGGCCAUGCGUCGCGUGAGCUCUGUUCCCUCACGGACGCAGUCGCCGGCCUACGGCAGCAGCAUCUCGCCCUCCCGCGGGUCCCUGCGGGCGUCGCCGGGCAGCGCUUACGGCUCACCCAUCGUGACGGAGCCCAAGCCGCUGCCCAGCAUCUUCUCGAGCAGCACGUUGCCCAGCAGCCAGCGCGCAAACUCGCCCUACACCACCCAGAGGAACUCGCCCUCCGCCCUGCGCAGGGUGGGCUCGGGAAGCGCCAACCGCACGACAUCGGCUUACCCGGGACGACUGGGUUCACCUAUCUGCGUGCCAGGGGAGGAAAACCAGGUGCCAUUAAGCUCGUCUCCGACCCGGACUGGGAUGACGGCGGUACCACAGCAUUAUGGGUCCACGUUACAGAGGGCGAUGCUCCACGAGGGCUCUGAUCCCUACUGCACACACUCGUAUGAGAUCUAUGAGAGGAUGGUGCCAAGGCCAGAUUGCUUAACAGGUCUGCGAGCGUCCUACGCGAGUCAGCCGAGUCCACACGGAGCUGAUCUGCGAUCGGCUGUGAGUCCAGACCGUCACAUCGGACCCAUUUAUGAGGACCGGGCCUUUCAGGGGCCUCUGUACCGCAGUCCCAGUCACAUCACACACACCCCUGUGUACAGGUCACCCUCAGGUGUUGGAAACCUGCAAAGAAGCUCCAGCCAGCGCAGCAACAUGACGUACCAAAGAAACAACAACUACGCGCCGGUGACGUACCCCGAUCCGUAUCGCCCAGGCCUGUACCGGCCCUCUGAAGGCGGCUUCAUCCGGCACGCCAUCAACGUCGAUGACGGAGCCCUGCGAUCCCCCUCUAUCGACAGUAUUCAGAAAGACCCCAGAGAGUUUGCAUGGAGGGAUCCAGAGUUGUCGGAGGUGAUUCACAUGCUGCAGCAUCAGUUCCCCUCCGUACAGGCCAACGCCGCCGCUUACCUUCAGCACCUGUGCUUCGGAGAUAACCGCACCAAAGCAGAGGUCUGUCGGCUGGGUGGGAUCAAACAUCUGGUGGAUCUGCUGGACCACAAGGUCGUGGAGGUGCAGCGAAACGCCUGUGGUGCCCUGAGGAACAUGGUAUAUGGGAAAGCCACCGACGACAACAAGAUCGCCGUGAGGAACGCUGGAGGUGUUCCCGCCCUGCUACGCCUACUGAGGAAGACUGUGGACGCCGAAGUUCGAGAGAUCGUCACAGGGGUGUUAUGGAACCUGUCCUCCUGUGAUGCCGUAAAGAUGACAAUCGUUCGCGAUGCCUUAACGACCCUGACCAACACUGUGAUCAUUCCUCACUCGGGCUGGAGCAGCUCGUCCUUCGAGGACGACCACAAGCUCAAAUUCCACUCCUCACUCGUGCUGCGUAACACCACCGGCUGCUUGAGGAACCUGAGCUCUGCAGGAGAGGAAGCCAGGAAGCAAAUGCGCUGCUGUGAGGGCCUCAUCGACUCGCUGCUCUACGUCAUCAAAGCGUGUGUCAGCGCGGCCGACUUCGACAGCAAGAUUGUGGAGAACUGUAUAUGCACCCUGCGGAAUCUCUCGUACCGGUUAGAGCUGGAGUUGCCGCCUUCAGGACUGAUGGAAAACCAGGAGACGGACGGGCUGCUGGGAUCAGAAUCACCCAGUAGAGAAGCCGACCACAGCUGCUGGGGGAGGAAGAGGAAGAAAAAGAGAAAAAGUGUCCAGGAGGAUCAGUGGGACGGUGUCGGGCCGAUACCCGGUCUAUCCAAGUCUCCCAAAGGAGCAGAAAUGUUGUGGCACCCUGCAGUGGUGAAGCCGUACCUCACCCUGUUAGCAGAGAGCUCGAACCCGGCCACACUAGAGGGUGCUGCUGGAUCACUGCAGAACCUCUCAGCCGGCAACUGGAAGUUCUCCUUAUAUGUCCGUGCAGCGGUUCGUAAGGAGAAAGGUUUACCCAUCCUGGUGGAGCUGCUCCGGAUGGAUAAUGACCGUGUGGUGUGUUCUGUAGCCACAGCGCUCAGGAACAUGGCACUGGACGUCAGGAACAAGGAGCUGAUAGGGAAGUACGCGAUGAGAGAUUUGGUGAACAGGCUGCCCGGAGGAAGCACCACUCAGUUGUCUGAUGAGACGGUGGCGGCUAUUUGCUGUACAUUGCACGAGGUCACCAGCAAGAACAUGGAGAACGCCAAAGCUUUGGCUGACACGGGGGGCAUCGAGAAACUCGUCAACAUCACCAAAGGACGAGGAGAGAGAUACUCUUUGAAGGUGGUGAAGGCUGCAGCUCAGGUUCUCAACACACUGUGGCAGUACAGAGACCUGCGUACCAUCUACAAGAAGGACGGCUGGAACCAAAAUCACUUCUUGACGCCCGUGUCCACUUUGGAACGAGACCGCUUUAAAUCCCAGCCCACGUUACCCUCAAACUCCCUGCAGAUGUCUCCGGUCCAUCAGACCGCGGGCAGCAGCACCUCGUCUCCGGCAGUGUUGGGGAUUAAGGAGCAGCGCUCUGAUUACCAGAGGACAGAGUCAUCUAUGCAAUUUUAUAACUACCAAGGAGACAACAGUGUGCAUAAAACCCAGUAUGCAGGGUCUGCGAAAUCAUCUCCGUUUUAUAUCAGCUCCUACUCCUCACCGAACAGGGACGAGGCCAGAAGAACGCAGCAGCACAUAUAUUACGCCGACGAGAGCGGGCGGAGGGGAUACGAGGCGUACCGGACCUGCGUGCACUCCCCUCAGGGUUACGACGACCCGUACCCGGAGGAGACGGUGCAGUACUCGACCGCGGACUACCCCACACAGCCUCACACGCUCAAAGCCACCACCAACUACGUGGACUUUUACUCCAGCACACGCAGACCCUCGUACCACACCGAGCAGUACCCGGGCUCGCCCGACUCCUGGGUUUAGAGACGCCGCCCCGACCCGCCCCGCCCUCAGAGCAGAGCUGCCUGCUGAGUUUGAUCAGAGAUGGAUUCUGAACGUGGCUGAUGGGAGAGAUGAAAUGUUGGCCCAAGAAGAGAAAGACGGAGGAGGAAUGAUUGUAUCUAUGGAUAUAGAAAGGAAAUCAAUCAGUGUGUGUGUGUGUCGGAACGCUGGCGACGGUGACGGUGAAGGAACGCGUCAUGUGCAGAAAGGUUUGCGUCUGAGAAUCAGAUCAUGUGGAUGUACCGAGACUGAAAACGAUCAUGAACUUUUCACCUGUAUAAAAGAAAUAAUAAUAAAUAAUGAGCUAAAGAUGCUAGUUUAUACAGAGGGAACAAAAGUGUAUCCGUACUUCUCCUCGAGAUCGUGAACGCCAUUAAAUCUUGUACAUUUCCGUGGCAGUACUGUAAAUACAGAACAGAGAAAACCGCGCCUGGUUCCUGCUCUUCUGGACUGAAGAGGACUUGUGCCACAGUGAGAUGAUGUAGAAAUCUAUAAAUAUACAGAGCAGAGCGCAGGAGAUCAGAAAUAAUAAAUUUCAUCUUUGUUUUUUAUAAAACUACAA